GUUGUGAUACUACGUAGUAAGAACAACAACAAAACAGAUAAAACGUUAAAGCACAGAUUUUGAUUUUGUUCUCUUUUUGUCUUUUAUUGUAAAAUUAGUUUUUAGAAUGAAUUCACUUCCUGAUGAAAUGCUGGAAAAUGUUCUGGCCAAUGUAAAUGUUUUAGAUCUUUUCAAAUCCUGUGUGUUUGUUUGCAAGAAAUGGUACAAAAUUAUCUGCAAUGAAAAGUUUGUUAGAUGGAAAAAAUUAUAUGCCCUAUACUCAAUGCAUAAUAGUAAAAAUUUAAAAGCAGCUCUGAAUGAUAUUUGCAUCAGUCAUAAUAUAACUGGAAAAGAAAACUGCCUCAUAGGCCUGAUAAAUUACCUUUCAGAGUCUCGUGAUACCCAAUGUCGUACCAUGAGGUACCUCCGGUGCCAUCCUCUCUUCAGUUUAGCAGAAAAACUAAUAAUAGAGCAAGGGCAACAGUUGUCAGUUUGGAGAGUAACCAUAUUGAUAUGUAUAAUUGCCAGGGAUGCGUGGGAAGUGUACAGCUUACUAAAUCUUUUAACUCACGCAAGAAGUGAUUGCACCAUAAUGGAAGCAACUGAAAAACUGUACCGUGUGUGCACCUUCUUCCUCUACUUCACAAGAGAAUUUCAAAUUCCAGCAAAAUUGCAUUACAAUUUGCGGUAUGCUCUCAACCUAUUUGAAACUGACUGGAGUUCCCCUAGCGAGGGAAAUCAGUCUGUCCCCGGUUUAACUCCCGAACAAUCACGGAUUGUGAAUCAUCGAAUAGAAAGAAACCAUUUGAUCAAGAUUGUUGCAUUUGCUGGCAGUGGGAAGACGACUACCCUUCUACGACUUACAGAACGUGUCAACAAAGAGAACCCCCAUUUUAGGUUUUUGUUAGUAGUGUACAAUCGUGCAGUAUCCGAUGAAGCUAGCGGGAAAUUUCCAAACAACGUCGUUUGCAGAACCAUUCACCAGUUGGCAUAUCGCCAUACCGUUGGUCAAGGCCUAUUGAAAAAAAAAGCAACGGGCAACAUCUACCCAACAAGUUUGAUUGACAGUGGGAUACUUAAAGAUCGGCGUGGCAUGAGAAGAUAUCAACGAGAAAAAUUGGUUAUUGAUACUCUUCAUCGCUUCUGGGGAUCAGCCGAUGAUUCAAUAACAGUUGAUCACACGCCUAUAAAAGUAAUCAACAAUGUGUUAUCGCAAGAUAGCCCAAUCGACCAGCCAGUCAGGGAAAAGAUUCUUUCCGUUGAAGAACGCAAAAUGUUAGCCGCGGAUGCCAAAAAGGUGUGGUCUGUCUUAAAAAACCCAAACGAUGACAGAUUGAAAUUGCCCUGCGAUGCCUAUCUCAAAAUUUGGCAGUUGCAGAAACCAAAUUUAUUUGAAAGUGAAGAAGUCGAUUGUGUGAUGGUAGACGAGGGGCAAGAUUUGAAUGGAGCCAUGCUAGAUAUUUUUCUACGUCAUCCUGGCCCUCGGAUUAUCGUCGGUGAUCCACACCAGCAAAUCUACCGUUGGCGGUAUGCCGUGAACGCGUUGAAUAAAGUUCCUGCCACCCACACAUUUUACUUAACGCAGUCUUUUCGAUUCGGACCGGAAAUUGGUUUUAUGGCCAAUUCGUGCUUAAGUGUCUUGAAUAAUGUCAACGACAAGUGCUUGGUGGGCAUAAAUGUUCGGGAUAGGUUAAACAGUGCCACCCAUCCAUUGGAUGUGGCACUCAGAAGUGGUAGGCAGUUUUGCUUCCUUGCUAGAACCAACUUGACCCUUUUCAAAAAAGCGGUUCAAGUUCUGGGCUAUGACACCAUCGGUAAUUCUCAGACACCAAAACCGAAAAUCGCGUUUGCAGGGGGAUUAAAAGCUAUGAAUUUGGAUCUGUUGCUUGACGUUAAUCAUCUACGACAAGGAGCGCUUGACAAAAUUGUAAGCCCAUUUCUUCGCAACCGUCGAUUGUUUGGCAACUUUUCAGCCUUUAUUAAAUACGUAGAAACAACAAUGGACAUGGAAUGGGGGGCCAGAAUUGCCCAAGUGAAUUGGUCAGGAAGCAACACAGAGAAAUAUGUCGAAGCCAUCAGAAGCGCUAACGUCCACAUUUCCGAAGCAGAUGUAGUCUUUUCUACUGCACACAAGUCCAAAGGAAUGGAAUGGGACACGGUUGCGUUAUUGGACGACUUUGUUCCAACCCUUGUUUCUGCUAGAGUCACGGAAGAGCAGCAGGAGGAGCGUAAUUUACUGUACGUGGCUGUUACGCGAGCCAAACGCAACCUUGUUAUCAACCCUGCCUGCUAUUACACUCUGUUGGCAGUUGGCGAUCGUCAAGAAAGCAUAGUUGAUACAAACACUUACAUCGACAUUCAUGGUCCGUCUCCUACUUGUGCUCGUUGCCAUCAAAUCCUGCCUGGACGGUGUAAGGCAAGAUCAGCCUCGUUCUGUUCAACUCGUCUGGUACUGAUGACGAUAAGGAGUCAGCCAUUAUUUGCCGCUACUGCAGGCAUUUUAUGUGCUGCAUGUGCUGGGCUACAUUGUUACAUGUUCCAAAGGUACGAGUGUUAUGCCCAUGAAUUGCCCCAACUCCGGGUUAGGGAAGACAGAGGACAUCUAACCUUUCGCUUCUUGGUAGGCCCGUCGGCUGACGAAAAGCAUUUAGCAGAAACUUAUUAUGAAGAGCAGCAUGCUUUGAUGAAUGAUGGCUUCAUCAAUGCAGGACGUUUGUUGCCAGGUCCGCCUGUUGUGGUGAAUAAUAACAAUGUUUUACAACAGGUACACCAAGUUGCAGUCAUAAACGAUGUGAUUGACAACGAUUUGGUGCAUCUCGUACCACCAAACUUGAACCACCAAGAUCUGGAUGUGAAUGCAUUUCCCGAUGACGACGACAUGUUCCUGGAAGUUGAAGAGGAGCAUUUACCGCAACCGGAGAUCCCAGACGAGGACGAUGCUCAUCGGGAUUUAUUGAUUCAUCGACUUUCCCAAUAAAUUGCAGCGUUUUUGUGGAUUUAACAUCAAAUUUUUACGGUUGCCACAUCAACACUUAGUCAUGGGUGAACGUAGGGAUUCUUCAAUGAACUUGCGAAAAAAUAUUAUUUAUUUUCUGCCAUGACUCCCACAGGGCCGAUUUUUACAGUGUUUUUCACACCCUCAGUUAUAAUUUUGUUUGAUUGCUAAUCGAUACGCUUGCAGUAGCUGUUCCAUUACGCUCAAACUGCAACAGCUGACGCGGUGAAAGAUCAGCCUUCCAGCUGUACGGUCUUCUUCAUCACAUUUGCAGUUGUCUAGAAAUAGGAACUUGGACGGUGAACCAGAAGUCAUGCACAUAAAUCCUAGAGCUCCUUCUUAUUUUGCUUUCGUCAUUCCCCGUUCUUCACUCUUUCUCAGGUUUGUAGACUCUUUAUUUUGUGUUAUUGUAUCGAAAUGCGCCAAAGACAGCGUCCAAAGCUACUGAUUGAUUGGAAGGGGGUUGUUGUUCUGGCACUGAUCUGGACUUCAGCUCAGAGCAAUUGGCAUCGCGUUCCCGCCUCCUUUCGCUUUCUCUCCCCCUCGGAGCCAAGUUUUUUUUUUCCCCAUCUGUGCUGGCCAAGACGUUUACAAACUGCGUGGUCAUCUCUACAGGAAGGAAUCACGCGCGACGGUGUACAAAUAAAACAGAAGAUUAGUUGUGGCGCUCGAAUUAACUAGGAAUCAACCAUACGAAACCAGGCUAAGGGCUCGGCCAUUUUUAAUGAGCUAAAAACACAGUCUUAAUGACAUGUCUUCUGCUCAGUGUAUCAAAUGAUAUCGCGCAAGAGAGGGCUGCUGAUACUCGGAAAGCCAUUUCGAUUUGUUUGUCGUCUACACAACCUUAAAUGUGGGGACAUGUACCAACUUAACCGACACGUAAAAACUGUGUCUCUUCGUCAUUGUAAGCGGAAGCGUGAUCCCACCGGAUAAAGGCACGGCUUCCAGGAAAACGACUCUACCAGCGGAAGGGAUUUUUGUGUGUUAUUCAAGAAAUCUUCCUCGGUUUUUCCCUCGUCGCGUCGCACGGAUUUUGAACGGUGUGUUAAAUACUGUGAGCCGUUUCGGGAGUCGGCGAAGGAGAAGGCGUCUUGUACAAAUAAAUCAGACUGAGUGAAUAAGCAAUCGGCUUAAGUACACAUGUGCAUGCAGUUACUUACAAUAGCGUCCCCCCCCGGCCCCUUAAAAUCGGUAUUGUACCUAUCGUCAAAACGAUCCAGCUGUACCGGAAAAAUUGCGGAGGAAGUCAGGGGCAAUGUACGACGUAAAGCUGGGCCGUCUACCCAUGCGUUAUUGAUUUCUGAAAAUAGGCAAAUGCGUUGCUGAAUAGGAAAAAGGGAUUGCUAUUGGAUGGCAAACUUUACCUUGGGAGGCAUGGAUACAUGACCAUAUGACAUACGUGUUCGUAAGUGAUUGAUUCAUCCCGUAUUCCGCCAUUGGAUGGGAUUGGUUUUGUUAUCCGAAUUGCUAUUGAAGACACACAGUACACGAACUGAAAAGGGAAAUCCCAGAUGCUUCGGUAGUCGCGCCAUUAGUCGAUUAAAUUGAAUUGGAUUAUGUCGGAGAAAUAUAGUUUGUUAUUGUUGUAUGAUCAAAA